UGGUACUUGAAACUUGACUUCCCGAAAAUUAGUAUAUAUAGGAGAGUAUGGGUUCUUUCAAAUAAGAAAUGCAAAGUGAUAAUUAUAAUCCAAGAAUGAUGAUAAAGAAGAGAAAGAGUUGCUGCUUGCAUUUGAGAUUGAGAAGUGGAGCGGAAUGCGAUUCUUGUGAUCAAGAAAAUUAUGAUUCUUUCACUUGCUUAUCAAUGGCGGUGGAUGCAUGUCGUGAACAAACCUCUUCAUGUUUGGAGAGAAUCAAGAAGAGAAAAAGGGAAGAAAACAAGAAACCGUCGUUUUCAUGGGGAUGUUCAACUGAGCUAAUGAUGUAUGACGAUCCAUGGAAGCUGAAGAAGGUGCUGAACAGCAGCGACGUGGGGAGCUUGAGUAGGCUGUUGCUUCCGAAGGAGAUGGCGGAGCCGCUGGUGGCAGCGGUGUUGGGGUACGACGAGAACCAGAAAGAAGGAAUGGAGGUCGAGAUAUGGGACGUUGACACACAGUCAAUGCACAGUCUUGUGUUCAAGAGAUGGGGUUCUUCUAGAAGCUAUGUCUUCAUGGCCAAUUGGAUUAAAGACUUUGUCAAAAGAAGGUCUCUCAAGUCCGGCCAUGAGGUUGCCUUCCACUGGAAUCCUUACGCCAACCGCUUUCAUUUUUCUGUUCUCAAGGCUGCCACAGAGGAGGAUUUCUCAAACUGAACUAUUUGCUUUGGAAGAGGAGAUGGAAUUUCGGAGGGAGACGAAAGGAGGAAGAAGAGAAGAGAUUCUUUUAUUAUUACAUUUGUUAGUGUAAAUUUUGCAGAAAGAACAUGUCUCUUUUUCAUUCUUU